CUUUUUCGUAUUUUUUUCUCAAAGUUUUUGUGGUACUUGCAUGAUUAGGCAAUUAAACUGUACUUGGAUGAAAAAUACAUGAAGCUUUGACCUGCAGUAUGUCAAAAUCGAAAGCAAGUGAUAGAUAGUAUUAAAUUUCUGGUUUCUUUAUAAAGUAUUUGGCUUGCAGAUUUUUCUUGCUUAGCAGAUUUUUCUAGCUGGAUAAUCUUUCUUCUUGUCUUAGAACUGAUCAUUAAAAGAAGAAGAAGAAGCAAAUGAUUACCGGUUAUUCCCAUGGUAGUUAAAUACAAAAUAGAGAAGCAACAGAUCACUGAUUAGUUCUCCAGUUUAGGCUCAUUCUUGUAGAGUUCAGAUUCUUAACUCGAGUUUUUUGGUGUAUUUUGUUGUUAACUAUACUGGGAUUUGAUGUUUGUUGUUAAGCUGCACAUUAAAAAGCAUAAACUUAGAGCAUAGACUGAUUUUCUUGAGUUUUUGUUCAAACAAAGGCAUUGGCUUUGCUGAGUAAGAAGGCAGGUUCUAUGGUGGAGUACAACUUAAAGAUAAGGUGUUUCUUGAGUCCAAUAAAAGUUCGAGAAAAUAGUUUUGAGGGGAAUAGUGGCUGAGAGCUUCAAUGGCAGAGCCCACACCAGUGUCAACUCUAGCCAUUCAAAUAUGCAAUCAGAUUAGCUCUGUUUUCAACCAACCCAUCUCCGGACCCACCGCCCUGGAUGUGAUUGUGGAAGAAGUGGCGGCGACAGCCAAGGGCAACGGCCAAAUCUUCGUCUACGGUGUAGGACGAGAAGGUUUAAUGCUGAAGGCUUUGUGCAUGAGGCUCUUCCAUCUGGGUCUCUCCGCCCACUGCGUCUUCGACAUGACCACCCCGCCAAUCGCUUCUCCUGACCUCUUGAUUGCUUCGGCCGGACCGGGGGGUUUCUCCACCGUCGAUGCAAUUUGCGAGGUAGCAAGAUCCAACGGGGCAAGAGUAGUGUUGCUGACCGCUCAGCCUGAGUCAAAAUCUUCUUGUGUCAAGCAUGCGAGCGUGGUUGCUCAUAUCCCAGCUCAGACUAUGGCGGAUGAUCAGGUUGCUGCUGAUCCCAAAUCUAAGCCAUUGCUUCCAAUGGGAAGCCUGUAUGAAGGGGCCAUGUUUGUGCUAUUUGAGAUGGUAGUCUUCAAAUUGGCUGAGGUUUUGGGUCAGAGUUCAGAGGUCAUUCGUGCUCGCCAUACUAAUCUUGAGUAGAAUGUACGAGUUCUAAAACUUAAUCGCCAGGACACUUGGGAUUGACCCAAUCAUGUUAUUCACUCUGCCUUUGCAAGAAAAUCAGUCUUGAACUUCUGUUUUAGCCAUAUGUAUGUAUGAAAUACAUUAGCAUUUUCUUUAUGGGAUUUCAUGUAUUGACUCCGAUGUAAUAAAAUACAAAAUGCUGAAUUUCCUAUUCCAAAGUGCAA